AUGGCAGCAACUGUACGAACCCAACAAAAAGAUGCAAAUAGUCAGUUUAGCAAUACGGAUAAUCAUAGUUUUGUUGGUUUUGCAAAUCUUCCAAAUCAAGUUCAUCGAAAAAUAGCAAAAAAAGGUUUUGAAUUUACAUUGAUGGUAGUUGGUGAGAGCGGUUUAGGCAAGGCAACGUUAAUUAAUAGCUUAUUUUUGACGGAUCUCUAUCCUGAACGUCAUAUUGCAACGGCUCAAGAGAAGAUUCGUCAUACAGUGAAAAUAGAAGCAUCAACAGUUGAAAUCGAAGAGCGUGGUGUCAAAGUUCGUUUAACAGUUGUUGAUACACCUGGUUUCGGUGAUUCGAUUAAUACAUCAGAAUGUUAUAUGCCCAUUAUACAAUACAUCGACAACCAAUUUGAACGAUAUCUUGAUGAUGAAAGUGGUCUGAAUAGACGAAACAUAUCUGAUAAUCGUGUACAUUGUUUAUUUUAUUUUAUAUCCCCAUUUGGACGUGGUUUAAAACCAUUGGAUAUUGAGACAAUGAAAGCUUUGCAUCAUAAAGUCAAUAUAGUUCCUAUUAUUGCUAAAGCAGACGCAUUUACUCUUGAUGAACUGGCAAAUAUGAAACAACAUAUUCUUGAACAAAUACGUGAACAUUCGAUACAUAUAUAUCAGAUACCAGAGAGUGACUCAGAUGAGGAUGAUGAAUUUAAAGAACAAAACAAGCAGUUGAAGAAUGCUGUACCAUUUGCCGUUGUUGCUUCUCCUCAAACGUUAGAAGUAAAAGGGAAAAAAGUUCGUGGUCGAAUGUAUCCAUGGGGACUAAUUGAAGUUGAAAAUCCGGAACAUUGUGAUUUUAUUAAAUUACGAACAAUGCUCAUUACACAUAUGCAAGAUCUUCAAGAAGUAACACAUGAAAUUCAUUAUGAAAACUAUCGUUCAGAAAAAUUAAAUCCAGCAAGACGAAAACAAAUUCAGAGUGAUGAAAAUAUGUCAGAAGAACAAAAGAAAAUAAUGAAAGAAAAAGAUGACGAACUUCGUCGCAUGCAAGAAAUGUUAGCAAAAAUGCAAAUGGAAAUGGCUGAAAAACAACAUCAUACAUCAGCCUAA